CUUUUCUCUCUCGAGUCCUGCGGGAUUCACCUCAAAGCGUGACCAUGUUGCAGAGGUGCAUCUUCAAGAGAAUCGCCCAGCCGUUUCUGUCAAGACAUGCAGACCUCACCAAAGCGCUGGUGUCUGGGUUUCCUGAUGCGCUGCAGGAUGGACGAAGAGUUACUGGACACAGGAGCACAUCGAGUUCACCAGACAUAAGGGAGCGGACUCUCAUAGCUGUGAAGCCAGAUGGAGUUCAGCGCCGUCUUGUUGGAAAAGUCAUUCAGCGGUUUGAGCAGCGAGGCUUCAAGCUGGUUGGUCUGAAAAUGUUGCAGGUGUCUGAGGAUAUCCUGGCUCAGCACUACAGUCAUCUGAGGGCAAAGCCCUUCUACCCAGACCUAGUAGAUUACAUGACCUCAGGACCUGUGGUCAUCAUGGUGUGGGAAGGUUUCAAUGUAGUCCAGAGCACACGUUCCAUGGUGGGUCAUACUAACCCAGUUGAGGCUCCGCCAGGCACGGUCAGAGGAGAUUUCGGCCUCCAUGUCAGCAGGAAUGUGGUCCAUGCCAGUGAUUCAGUGGAGGGGGCUAAAGGAGAGAUCCAGCUGUGGUUUCAGCACCAAGAGAUUUUGAACUGGGAGUCCUGUGACCAGGCCAUCAGCUGUGAGCUGUGAAGACUGAGGUGAAAGCCAUGAGAGUCAGUGUGAGCCACUGUUGCCUUUUCUGCUGCUGUGUCCUCUGACAGUUUGACUGCAGUGAUCCACAUCAAUGUCCAGUGCACUUUAGUGUGACUGAAGAAAUCUUUUUUUUUCAAAAUGUUUCAAAUUUCAAGCCACAUUGGCAACUAUGCAUUUAUAAAUUUAAAAGUCACGUCUUAUGGCGUCUGCAGGACAGUGGGACCAUCUUUUUUGCAACAUUAAGUGGUCUCUUAGAUAGGAAAAACAACAACAAAUAAAAGUCAUAAAAACAGGUAAUUAUGCUAAUUUUAACUAUAAGGAGCAUGUUAUAUAACUUUUAAUUAUUACAUGACAAAUUGUAUCCAAUACUUGACUAGGAGUAAUAUGUGCAAUAUUUAAAUAGAAAUGACUUGAAUUUUAACCUCAAACGCUAUUUGAACCUGAUGAUUCUGGAAUGACCAAAUCUGAGAGUUGUCAGCUGUAAAUGAUGAAAUGUGAAUAGUUACUCGAUUCAUUUUAAAUACUUGUUGUUUACACUGGAACAGUCGAAGCAGAACUGAUUCUGAUUUUAUGUCACUUAAAAAAAGGUUUCAGUUGAAAAAAAUGACUUGAGCCUUUAGUCUAGUGUAAAUGAUGAAAAGCUCAUAGAAAAGUGUGUUUUUUCAAAUGUUAUGUAUGAAUGCUGUGACCUAUGUCUGCGUCUGAUUAAAUGAAUUGAUACAGCAAACUCA